CGUCGGCGUAGUGGUUUGGCGCCACCAAUUUCGCGGGGUAACAACAGCGAAUAGUACACAGCGCAGGAGAAGAAGGAGAAAUCUAAAAUAUCAAACUGAUAAAAGUGUGGUUUGCGGACGUACGGAGUGCGGUAGAGUGAAGCGGCCGGUCGGUGUGUCCGCGGCCGGUCAUCUGCACUCUGAACCCCGGGCUCUGAAUACAGUGGAUGGUGAUCUCAGGUUAACGCUUCUCUCUGAGGCCUAGAGGAGGUGAGUAAUAAUGAUGGCGACAGCAGAGCCUCAGAGCAGCUCCAGCUUCCUCCCUCUGCUCCAGUCUCUGGAGGACAACACUGCUAGACAGUCUGACCAGACAGACGCCUACCUCACCAUCGCCAAUCGGCUCAGUGGAGAGGAAGGCCGCCAGUUUCUCCCUGCAGUUGAAAAGCACUUUUGUCGUUUGGGUAAAGUUAUCUUGGCUCAUAUAAACAGUCCAAAUGCAGAGCUGAGCCAAGCUGCCUUGCAAGCUUUGGGGUUUUGUGUUUAUCAUUCUCAUGUCGCCUCUGCAGUCCCUGAAGCGUUUGCAGCAGAAAUACUUUCAGCACUUUGCUCUUUAGUGGUGAAAUCGACAGAUAAGAACACAUGCACCAGAUCAUUAUGGGUCAUCUCCAAACAGAGCUUCCCUUCAGCUGUAGUCGGUACAAAAGUGCCGUCUGUAUUAACCACCUUGGAGAGUGUGUGGAGCAGAGAGGACGUUCAGUCUGUUGUAAUGGAGCAUGAAGCGUUAAAUGUUGUCAUUAGGAUGCUGGACCAGGUGCCGACCCAGAUGGGCGAGGGGUCGGUAAGGUGGGCGAAGCUGGUCAUCCCUCUGGUAGUUCACUCUGCCCCCAAGGUGCGUCUUCGUGCCGCAGCGGCCUUGGAGAUGGGGAUGCCUCUGCUCCUGGAGAGACAGACAGAAAUAGCUGCUAUUAUUGAACCAAUGAUGUCGUCUAAACUGGUCCCGGAGCUGCAGAAGCUCUUCAUGUCUAAGAAUGAAACGAAUGUGCUGAAGCUCUGGCCCUUAUUUGUCAAACUGCUCGGGAAGCUCCUCCACAGAGGAGGUCCCUUCAUCAACUCCCUGUUGCAUCUGGAGGAGCUUGGCUUCCGCAGCUCGUCUCCUACAAUCAAAAAAAUAGCCUUUAUUGCCUGGAAAAGCUUGAUAGACAACUUUGCCAUCAACCCCGACAUCCUUUGCAGUUCCAAACGUAUGAAGCUCCUGAUGCAGCCCCUCGCAUCCAUUAACGUCAGGACAGAGGCACUGCUGCUCACAAAGGUGGAGGUUUGGUGGUACCUGGUGGUCCAGCUGGGGCCCAACCUGUCCUCCAACUUCGAACAGGUUUCUGUGCCUCUGCUCCAGUGCACCAUUGGGUCUGAUGCUGCUUCAGUCCCAGGCAUUUCCUCUCGAGGUGUUAAUCAAAAUGGUUCUGUUGCACCUGGCACACCAAAGACCAGCACUGCAGGUUUCAGCAGUCCAGCUGCCACACCACGGAUUAGUCUGAACUCCAGCAUGAUGAUACAAACCACCUUCUCCUCCAUCCAGCUGCUGGGCCUGGAGAUGUUACUGCACUAUUUCCUGGGACCAGAUGUUGUUGCUGCUGCAGCAAAGAACAAACUCAUUCUGAGUCUUGAGCCCUUAAACCACCCAUUCCUCACUGGCGCCUCCUCUUUCACCAAACACGCUUCUGUUCUUAUCUCGCAUAUCAGAGACGGCUUCACUUGUGUUGGCAAAGAAGCCCAAGAUUCCCUGUUGGCUCUAAUAUGGACGAGUCUCGUACGUUUUGUCAACCUGUCUAUAGAGUCUGGUGGCAGUAAAAAAGACCGACAGGGUUGUGAAGUGCUGACACUGAUGCUUCAGGCUCUGCAGAGCAUCGUCAUGUCCGAAGCUCUGCCUGCAGACAGAGUCCUGGUUUUGUUUGAAGCAACAGUGAAAGGCAUUCCUCAGAGAGUCCUUGGAUCUGCCUCCUACCAAGUGGGCAAGAUGGAUGUGCUGAAUGGAACACCUGCUCUGUUCCUCAUUCUUCUUCUCUACGACAGCAGCAUGUUACCAGCCUACAUAGAGGAUGAGAGGUUUUUUCAGUGCCUUCAAACUCUGGUGAGCUGUGGUUUGUCGGGGCCCACUUCCCCUCUUGCUUUUUCAGAGGCGGUGCUUGGUGCAAUCCGACGCAGCUCCGGGUCCCUGCAGAACAAAGAGCAGCUGUGGAAGAUGUGGACUGUGUUGGUUAGCCAACUCACCGACACCAUUACACAGUCCAAUGAAGUCAACCAAGGUGACGCCCUGGAGCACAACUUCAGUGCUGUGCACUCUGCUUUGUUGUUACCGAUCACACACCUACUAUGUGGCACGCCGCUCCAACAGGCUUCCCAGAAGUCCAUGCUGUCCACAUGGUCCAAACUGUACAAGGUAUUCGCUCGCUGCUCAGCGCUGGUGGUCACAGCUGAGGAAAACAUCUGCUGUGAGGAACUGUGUGCAAAGGUGACCACUGCUCUGGACAAAGAAGCCCUAAAGGCUCCUUCAACAUUAAAUGCCGUUGCCAGUAUCCUCCAAGUCAUGGUCGAGUGUGUGAAUUUCUCCCCAUACACACCUCAGUUUCAGCAACAGCUAAAAUCUCCUCACACUCCAGUCAAUUGGAUGCGAAAGAAGAACAAGGUCCUGGGGAACCUGUUCACAUUCCAGUCUCUGCUUGGACAAUGUCUUGAUGUUUUCCUGAAGGACCCCGAGGCGUCCUCCGAGGCCACAGGAGCAGCUCUGACCUCCAUCAUUUCAGCUCUCUUCACCAACCUUGUCCUGGCCAACGCUGUCAGGGAAGUGUUGACUUCUCUCAUUCAACCUCUGACCCUUUUCUACAAACAGGCAACCAAUGAGUCCAACACGUUCACCCCACAGGUUCUGUCAAAGUUGGAGAAGCUCCUCACAGACAUCCUCAGCUGCAUGCAGACCAGAUCCACUUUCGCCUACGACACAGAACUCCUGACCCUGCUUUCUCCUCUGCUUUGCGUGUUGUUUCCCCACAAAAACAAGCAACUUCGGGCUUCGAUCACUCAGUUCUGGAACUCGACAUUUGGCAACUCAGUCAGCCUCACCUACCCAGAUGAACUCAGACCCAUUCUAAGCCAGGUGAAGCAGAAGACACCGAUCAUUCUGCCUGGCUUCGAGGUCAUAACUGUCCCUGAUGACCUCAGUGGACAGUAUUCAGGUGAGAGUUCUCAGUUGGAGACGAAGCUCAGUGGGAUACCGGUUUCAUCUGUGGGGAAGAGGGACUCACUGCUGGGAAAGGCUUCAGAGAUGAAAGACGGGAACUCUGCAAAGACCUCCAAGCCUGUUCCUACAAAGCUGGACUUCAGCUCUCCAAAGCCUCCUCGCAGACAAAUCUUGGAGGAAGAGGCCUCCAUUGAUUUUGUCUUCAUCCCCCCUGAGACAAAGGAGAGAGUUUUGACAGAGCACCAAAAGGAGGUGAAAAGGACCAAAAGGGUUGACAUCCCUGCCAUGUACAACAACCUCGAUGCCUCUUUGGACACCACAGUUUUCACCCAGUACACCCAAAGCCCGGAAGACUCAAUGGAUAAACUGCCAACUGAGCAAGCUGACAAAGUUACCGAAGAGGCUUCUGGCAAGGUUUCUGAGGCUGAUGGGACUGAAAACACCCUAGAUUAUGCCAGCCCAAAUGCUGCAGCCAGAGAAGAGAUUAUAACAGAAGACAACAAACAGGAAGAGUCUGUCCUUGAGUCAGCAGACGACCCUAUGGAGAAUGAUGCUCAGAAGGAUGAGACAGAAGACAACAACUCACAGUCUAAAGAAAGCCCCAGCCUUAAUGUUUCUUCAGAUUUGGUCAUAGGGACUCCACAGAAACCCAGCAGCCGUCGUCAGUCUUUUAUUACUCUGGAGAAGUACGCCGAGGGUAAACUCGCCAGUCCCAGCAAUGCAUCCUCAUUCACAGGUCCCCUAAUAAAAACCCUCAACAGCCAAGAAACUGGUAACGCCACCAAGACAAGUCCAACUCUACCUUCCCAGACUGCAAACAGUGCAACCUCUCAGAGCUCUUCACAUUCACCCACUGAAAAAGCAAGUGUUCCUGCAGACAAUGCCCCAGACUCUCCUCGACUGCCAAAAGACUCAAAAACCUUGCCAGUGGUAAAGCUGACGGAGAGACUUCCCUGUGACACAACAGAGGAUGAGGACAUUAUUCCAGACACCCAGACUGAAGAUAACGGGAAGGAGAAAACAAGAACGCCUCCCAGAUCAGAGGAAAAGAAACUCUCAAGCCAAGAAGAGGAAUCUGACCAGACUCUUGAUGACUCUCAGUCCUCUCAAACAUCUUCAGGUGAACCCAGACGAUCUGGACGCUCCAGAGUCAGACCGCUGCUGCCUGGUGAGGACCCACAGGACCGGGAAGAAAAGUUUGCACAGAUUAAAAGGAAACGUUCUGGAGAGGAUAAAAGUGAUUCCCAAAGCUCGUUACAAGGGAGACCAAACACAAGAAGCAAGCUGGCUGCCGAAGAGGAAAGUUCAAGAUUACAAACAAGGUCUCGACGGAGCAAAAGUGAGUCGAGUCAAACCAACUCCCAGGUCAGAGCACACAAGAGGAUCAAGUUGUACAGCAGUUCACAGGACUUUCUUGAUAAACCUGAAACCAAAAGGCGAAGCAACAGAGAGUCUAGCCAAAGUGACAUUCAGUCAGAUACACAGUCUGAUCAUGAAAGCCAGUCGAAGGGUCGGCGGCACAGAUCGUCACCGACAAAUGAAGCAGAGGGUGCAAUGAAGAGAAAAGAUGUACCCAAGAAAGUGGAACCUGUCAAAACAGCCACACAAGAGCCUGUAGAGCAAAAGGAUGAGCCUAAGAAAGACGUUGAAAUGAUCUCUCCUCAAACUGAAGGUGUGACACAAGAGGAUGUUGAACAGGCCAAAAAGGACCAAGAGGUUGGUCCAGACCAGAAGGAUUCCCCAGUGGUCACUCCACCAACUGAUGGUGAGUCACAAAGCAUCCCAGAAUCACAGGAAACGCAGAAUGUAAUAGAUGAAAAGCUGAGUCAGGAAGACUCCCAGGCGGUCACGACCUCCUCGUCUGAUAGCCAGUCUCGGCGUAGAUCACGAAGAAGUCAGGCUUCAUCUGAGGCAGCAGAUUCUGAAGAAAACAGUGAAAAUAAGGCUUUAGGAGGGAGACGGAGCAGAUCCAGUUCCCAGACAGAGAGCAGAACUGGCGGUAGGAGCACAAGGUCCAGCCCCAUCUCAACAACCGAGAAUUCUCAGUCACCAGAAGUUGCAGGAUCAGAAGAGUCCUCCCAAAGAACAGGCAGGUCUUUGAGACGAAGAUCUUCUCAAUCGUUGGUAGCCGGUGUGGAGACCUCAGAGUCAGAAUCCUCUGAGAACAGAGAAAAUGUACUUACAGGGAGGAGAGGGAGAUCUAAAAAGCUGUCUCCUCUCAGUCCUCAAACCAUUGAAGCUAAAGGCGACCAUUCGACAACAGCCGAUUCUGAUGUUUCUCAAAAAGCAGACUCUCAAAAAACACAAAAGAAAAAUCCAGAAGACUCGCAGAAAAGCCGGGAUUUGCAAAACUCAGAGUCACUGGAUGCAGUCGCUAGCAAUGAGCAGAGUCAAGACGUCCAAAUGGAGGUAGAGGUUGAUGCUGCUGUAGCCUCAGAGUCCCCUGAGACUGACUCAACAAGCACAAACCAACCACUCAAUGCAUCACCUAGCAACAAGAUGGAAGAACAGACACACACCAAAGCAGAUAUUGAAACAUCUGCACAAGAAAGUGAAGGUGAUGACCUGCAACCUUUGGAAAAACUUGAAUCAACAGAGCAGACUCAUGAUAAACUAUCCUCUGAUCUUUCUGAGAUGUUGACCGUAACUCCUCCUGAUGAGACGCAAGAGGAACAGCAGAUCUGCGAGUCUGUAACUAAGACUUUGGUAGAAGCAGCUGACACAGUUACAGAAAAACAAACCAUAGAUUUAGAACAAGAACAUUGCAUUACUGUGGUGGAUGGAGCUCAAAACCAUGAUGAUGCCUCCACAGAACCAAACCAGACACAGCCUAACACCAUAGGUGAACUGUUAAAGGAGGAGGAACAGCCUAAUUAUGUCAGAGAAGAUGAAUCCCAAAUCCAGCCCGCAGAGGUCAGUGAAGGCAUCACUUCUCUUCAAAGCAAUGAAGAUGGCAGUGCCCAGAUCACAGAGUGUCAGAAUGAAGAGAUGAUGGAGGAACACGAGGCUGUGGAUGCUCCUUUGGCUGCAGAGGCCGCCGGUGAAGCCUCUUUUAUGUCGAGCAAAGAUGUUUCUCCAGUGAAACAGAAGGACCUGGAAGCUGUGAUGGGCUCAGAUGUUGGACAAAGCCCCAGCAGCAGCAGGACCAGAGGAACGUGGUCUCCUUCUGCCUCCCCGUCUACCAGUAUUCUAAAGAAGGGCCAGAAGAGACCACUAGAGGAGGAGUCUCCCUCACCUCUUGUGAAGUCGAGACGAGUCUCCUUCGCCAACCCGAUCCAACAGCAGGAAACCGCAGACGACAUCGACCGUCGCAGCCCCGCCAUCAGAACCAGCUCACCCCGAAGAGCCAAGAGCAGCAGCAUCCCACAGCCGAAGCAUGUCAGUACUCCGACAAAGGGCUUGCUCAUCCUGAGUCCCAGAAAUCUGCACAGUCCAGGUUACAAGAGCUCCAAGAAAUGCCUGAUUUCUGAAAUGGGCCAAGAGCCUCGGCCAGUUUCCAAAGACUGCAUCUACCCUCCUCUGGUGGGGUGUUCUGCCCCUGUGGAGGCUGUGCUGCCUCAGAUAUCCUCCAACAUGUGGUCUCGUGGCUUCGGGCAGCUCGUGCGGGCCAGAAACAUCAAAACAGUUGGUGACCUCAGUGCUCUAACUCCAACUGAGAUCAAGACUCUGCCGAUUCGUUCCCCGAAGGUGUCCAACGUCAGGAAGGCCCUUAAAGUCUAUGAACAGCAGCGUAAAGGACGAGGUGGAGACGAGCUGAAGAGUUUUGACGAAAUGGAGAUGAUGACGUCCGAAGUGGAGGAAACAAAUGCACCUCCAAACCAGGAAGAGGAGGAGAAGCCUUCAGCUGACGCACUAUCCGGAGAGCUCGUGGAUGAGGCCAAUGGAAAGGUGGAGCACGACCACUCUGGGAUUCAGACCCUCGACACAUCCGAUGCUGAGGAGAAACCCGAAGGACAGUUACAGUCUGCUUCGCUGCUGUCGGAUGUCGAAGCCCUGAGCUGCAGGAUAUCAGAAGAACUCAGUCAGUGUUCGCCGCAGCAGCUCGUCGAGUUACACGACCACUUAGGAGGCGCGAUGAGGCGUGUGAUGGUGGAGAUGCACACACGCCUCUGCAAGACGGAUGGAAAACCAUGAGACCGAUACGUCUGCUGCAUCAGACGGCUGUUCCAGGCACAUUACAUAAUCCACCGGCCAUAUCCCUGCAGACAAAAAAAAUGGCAAAAGGCUGUGACAUGGUUUUUUUUCCACUCCUUUGGCUUGCAAAGGAUAAUUUUCUGUUUUUAAAAUGUUACACCAUGGCCUUUUUUAAAAAAGUGUUUUUAUGUUCGUUUGUUUUUUUUUUUUAACUUCUUGCUUGCGCUAAAGACAUUUUUAGAGACUCAAAGGGAAGCACAGCCACACUUUUUAACUGUGUCAAAAAGAAUUUUUACCAGUGGUAGUUGGGACUGGUUGGUAUUUUUCUAAUGCCCGCUUAUUUCAUAAAGGGCUCAUGUUAAAAAUGUAUCUAAAAAACUUCUCUGUGAACUUUUACUCUGCCAAUUUGUAAAUAAUGCUUCUCUCAUGUCAGUUCAUUCUUGUUUGGCUGCUCAAACCUCUUGUAUAUACUAUAGUAUUUGGUAGUUUGUAAACUCUUUAGUUUCUUAGUGAAUUUUAAUGUCAUCAUAGAUGUUUAGAUAUAGACGUUCUGCACUUAGGUUUCUGAUCAGCUUUUCAAAUCUUUCAAUAAAAUAUAGAAUUUACAAUCCCGUUUUUAACAGAUUUUAUGUGAACAUACCUCAACUUAAAAUACAGAUAACUGGUCAUUUGUGAAAACAUAGGCUAUCAAUUAAAACAGACAUGGAGGAUAUUCUACAUGCAUGCUUAUGUGGUCGAUGCUGAUACCAUUUAUGAUUUAUAUUUAGAUUAGAGUUAUCUUCCUUCAGUAAAAUCUUCAUUAUUAAAAACAACACUAACCCGUAUUAAAGUCUUUCAGCCUUACUGUUUGAAUUCAGUCAUCAAACCUUAAAUAAAACCCACACAUUGAUCAAUAAAUGUCUUAUUUGCUGUAGACUAAUGAAAAUGUCAAGGUCAUUUACUGGCAAAAACCAAUGUAAUAUUUCUUAUUUUUAUGUGUAUAGAAUUGUCUCAAACCCUGUGCGGUACAUAAAACAGUUUCUUCUGGUUAAAAUGCUGCAAGUAUAUUUUGUUUACUUGGCUGUGUAUUAUAUCAGAUUGAUUCAAUUAUUCAAGCUCUUUUUGAAAUAAAUCUGAAUUGAUGACAAAAUUGA